GAAGAAGGGAUACUCAAAGGCACUUCCUCCAGCUGACAGUAAGGCAGCAUGGCGGAGCAUUGAACUGGUGUUUUCACACAGGAAAGAAACAUGGCUCAGGGGUUGCUACGACUUUUGUCCACGGCUAAGCCGCUGUCCCGGGCCGGGUUAGCCCAUGCUCGGCUCUCCGGUCUGGGGGCUGGACGGCUUCUCUUCGCGGGGCUCCGGAGCUCCUCGGCAGCGAACUGUGGUCUUUUCACUAAAACUCCACAUAACUUCCUGCCGUUUGGGACAAUCCUGUCCAUUCAGCGGCGCCCCAACUCAACUCAACCCAAAGGUGGAACAGGAGCAUCGGGCGGAGGGAGACCAGGAGGAGGGAAAAGAGGAGUCGGAGGAAAAGACUGGUGGAGUCGAAUUCAAAAAGGCGACUUUCCCUGGGAUGAGAAGGACUUUAGAUACCUCAUGGUGACGCUGGCUGGGCUCGGCUCCCUGCUCCUCUACCUCUACUUCAAAGACAACGGCCGUGAGAUCAGCUGGAAAGACUUUGUCCACCGUUACCUGGGCAGAGGCCUGGUGGAGCGGUUGGAGGUGGUCAACAAGCAGUUUGUCAGAGUUAUCCUGGUUCCUGGAACGGACAUAGAAUCUAGCUAUGUCUGGUUCAACAUAGGCAGCGUUGAUACGUUUGAGAGGAACCUUGAAGCUGCUCACCUGGAGCUUGGUCUGGAGCCAUCGCAUCGAGCUGCUGUUGUCUACAGCACCGAGAGUGAUGGCUCUUUCCUCAUGAGCAUGAUCCCCUCCCUGUUGCUAAUUGGCUUCCUGCUGUUAACACUGCGACGAAGUUCAAUUGGAGGAGCUGGCGGUCGUGGGAGGAGCCCCUUCAGCAUGAGUGAGUCGACAGCCAAGAUGAUGAAGGAAAACAUUGAAGUGAAAUUUAAGGAUGUGGCUGGGUGUGAAGAGGCUAAGCUGGAGAUCCUUGAGUUUGUCAACUUCCUGAAGAACCCACAGCAGUACCAGGAUCUUGGAGCCAAGAUCCCUAAGGGCGCGGUGUUGUCAGGACCUCCUGGAACAGGAAAGACUCUGCUAGCAAAAGCCACAGCAGGAGAAGCCAACGUUCCCUUCAUUGCAGUAAAUGGAUCUGAGUUCUUGGAGAUGUUUGUGGGUGUUGGUCCUGCCAGGGUGAGGGACAUGUUUGCCAUGGCCAGGAAGAAUGCACCCUGCAUCCUUUUUAUUGAUGAGAUUGAUGCUGUUGGGAGAAAGAGAGGUGGAGGGAACUUUGGAGGUCAGAGUGAGCAGGAGAACACCCUGAACCAGCUGCUGGUGGAGAUGGACGGUUUUAAUACUGCUACCAACGUGGUGGUGCUGGCUGGAACCAACAGACCGGACAUCCUGGAUCCUGCAUUAAUGAGACCAGGACGCUUUGACAGGCAGAUUUACAUCGGACCUCCAGACAUCAAAGGUAGAGCAUCCAUCUUCAAAGUCCACCUUCAACCAAUCAAACUGGAUCCCAGUCUGGACAAGGACGCUCUUGCCAGGAAAAUGGCCGCUGCCACACCAGGAUUCACGGGUGCUGACAUUGCUAAUGUCUGCAACGAGGCAGCUCUGAUUGCUGCUCGGUACCUGAGUCCUGCUGUCAGCCACACACACUUUGAGCAGGCGAUUGAUAGGGUCAUUGGCGGUCUGGAGAAGAAGACCCAAGUGCUGCAGCCCACAGAGAAGAAGACUGUAGCAUAUCAUGAGGCUGGUCAUGCUGUUGCUGGAUGGUUCCUUCAGCACGUUGACCCUCUGCUCAAGGUGUCGAUCAUCCCACGGGGGAAAGGUCUGGGUUAUGCACAAUAUCUACCCAGAGAGCAGUACCUUUACACCAAAGAGCAGCUGUUUGACAGGAUGUGCAUGAUGCUGGGGGGGCGUGUGGCCGAGCAGGUCUUCUUCGGCCGCAUCACCACAGGAGCGCAAGAUGAUUUGAAGAAGGUCACGCAGUCAGCCUACUCUCAGGUGGUGCAGUUCGGGAUGAGUGAGAAGGUGGGCCAGGUUUCGUUUGAUCUCCCUCGGCAGGGUGAGAUGGUCCUGGAAAAACCCUACAGCGAGGCAACAGCUGAGCUCAUUGACAAGGAGGUCAGAGGGCUGGUGGACCAAGCUUAUGAGUCUACCAUGCAGCUCAUCAAGGAGAAAAAGGAGCAGGUGGAGAUGGUGGGGAACCAUCUGCUUGAGAAGGAGGUGUUGAACAAGGAGGACAUGGUGGAGCUUCUGGGUCCACGGCCAUUCCAGGAGAAGUCCACAUACGAGGAGUUUGUGGAGGGAACAGGAAGCUUUGAGGAGGACACCAGUCUUCCAGAGGGUUUGAGAGACUGGAACCAGGAGAGAGGAGGGGAGGCUGAGGAAACGGAUCCAGCCCAAGAAAAACAGCAGCCAGUUUAAAGCUGGACUUUCACUCUCAGCUCAGACAGACAUGGACGUUGAAACAGUGAGCUGACUGUAACAUUUCUGUGGACAGAGGGUUUGUUUUUGAAGGAGUCCUCCUGGACAAAGUUUGACCUGCAACCAAAAACACAAAGUAUUUUUACAAGUUCCUUUAAACUUUCUGUCUGAGACGUCUGCAGGAGUUCAGGUGGAAAACUGCCCACAAGGAGUGGAUUUCUCUGCUGUAAGUCGGGAGUCUGCUUCUCCUGAAUAACAUUCAUUAAACCAGAAUGUGAAACGUUCCUGCUGAGUUUUUAAAUAAUCACCAUUAACCCUGACCAGCAUCGAGCAGGUUCAGCCUAACAAACAGCAGCAUGUUGGGGUCAGAGAAGUCAAGAGGCUGAGCUUUAGGCAACAUGAGAUGUCUGUAUUUGGAUUCAAUCCCAGGAACUUUUGAUUCAUGAACUGGUUUCAGAUAAACUUUAGACUGUGGUUUGAACUCAAAUCUUCUUUAGUGUUUCCCCGCGAUGACAUUAAGACUCUUCCCUCUAAAACUUGACAUUUUACCCCUUUCAUCUAAACCAGCUGUAGAGAACAUCGGGUCCACAUGGAGGCAGUGGUCUAAUUUAUUGUGAUCAUCACUUUGUCCUCUUCAUCAUCACCUCUUCUACCUACACUUCCUUAGUUCACACCCCUUUUUCAAAUUUCUAUCAUAUAUCAGAAUCAACUUUAUUUUUUAUUUAUUUGAAUGCCUCAGCAUCCUGAAGCAAGGUUACAGGAUACCAGCAGGCCAGGAGAGCCACCUUCUCCACCCGUAUGUUGGACUGCUGUGUCUCAUUACUGCUACACAUUCAUUUGGAGUCUUCUGGCAGCAUGACCUGUGAGCUAUUGAAUCACACCUUCCUCUCUUCAUUUCCUCUAUCGAAAAUAUCAGCUGGAGCUGAAGGCUAACUGCGUAAAAAUCCCAAAGACUGCCUUAGUAGCAUUUUAUGAAGAACUUUUUGUGAUUGUUAUGGAUGCCAGGCUGGCCUGUGGAGAGAAGAAGCCAGAAUCACCAAGUCCUGCUGAAUCAGCCUGACACCGCCCCUCCUCCUCCUCUCUCCCGGGCUGCUGAGGAGCACAGCUGCAAGGAAUCUUCACUGAUUGCCAACACCUGUAUAAAAAGGCUGUGCCUUCAGCAGUCUGGGAGGCAGCAGUUGAUGGGGUUCUGCUGUCCUCCUGGUUUUGUGUAGCUUCAACCCCUGGUCGUUUGGAUUUGUUUGUGUUUUAAACUUUGGUUGUUUUUAACUCUUAAUGAGAAAUUGAGGAUGAUCCAGUGGGAUCUUUUGUGUGUUUGGGUCUUAAGGUUAACUUUGUCUGUGGUUAUUUUUUACUGACCUUGGUUUGAAACACCUUCCGCUGUGGUAAAGCUUUUAAAAUAAGUUUUUACCAGGUGUUUUAGUCAGAGUGUUUUUAGCCUUUUAUCAACUUCAGGAUUUUAAAACACCUUCGUUGCGGUAAAACUUUUAAUAUAAGUUUUUACCAGGUGUUUUAUAGUUGAUAAUUUGCUUUGUACUGUUAGCCUUUUAGAGAAAUCAGUUUUGCUCGUGUUUUUAAUACCUUUUUGUACAAAUAAACCCAUUUUAAACUCC